UUGUGGUAACAGAUUUCACAGCAAAACAACUUCGUAAUCCUAUUUAAUAUCAGAUCUAAGUUACAGCCUUUAAGUGUGCUCGUUGUUCAUUAACCGUUACUCAGAUAAUAGAUUUAUAAUUUUCAACGUUUGACACGUUAUCAAGGCACCGCAUUCAGCCAAUCACAGACACGGUUUUAGAGCUCAUAGGUUCGCCGGGUCAUUGAUAACAUUGACACAGAACACAGCCAAGGCUGAGAAAAUUUCCCUGAAAAACAUUUUGCUUUGCCUGAGUUACCGUGACUAUCAAAUGCAUAACUAAGGACCACGAAGGCUACGAUGGAUGUAGACACCUCAUCCUCUGAUUCCAACCACAGUGAUGUUGGAGUGCUGAGGCCACCAGGCUUUGCUCCUAGCCUGAAGCGGUCUAAUAGCGCCCCCAUGAUCAAUGCAAUAGGACUUGAACAUUCCAGCUUGGAAGGCGAAAGCUUCCCAUUGUCGGCGUUCCACCGCAUUCGAAGGUUUAGCGCUACCUGCGACACAACUUCACCAUCGCCACCAAUAAGAGUGCCAUCUAGAGUGAGUCAGAUAAAGCAGGAGGAAGGCAUGGAUGUAAUGAACACUCGUGAAGUUCGCCAUGAGAGGGAGUUUCGUUCUGCAGUAGAAAUGUCACGAUCAUGGGAUGAACUUCGUUUGGACGAAACUGCAAAUGCAGAAAAGAAGUCCAAGCCCAUCACAGAACCUCUCGCGUUGCAUAUCACCCCGUGGCCCCAUGCUAGUACUUCCAGCUCACCUUCUCCUACUAGAGGAAUAGGCAAGCAAUGUUUUUCUCCAUCGAUGGGUGCAAGAAUACGUACAUCCUCCUACUCACCUAGCCCAAGCCCCAGUCCUACGAGGAAGUCAUUUACGAGAAGAAGUCUGAGCCCUAUCGCCAUACGGCCAAGUUCACUAGCAGCAGUGAAGAGAAAGUUUGACAGCGACACUGAGGACCCGCGAAACUACAUGAGCCCACCGAAAAAGUUCAACAGUGCAGUAUCGAUGACAGAACGCGAUCGAGUAUUGAUCAUUCCUCAUCCACUCACACACAGUUUAUCAUCAAGUUCUGGAAGUAUGGAGGAAGACAGCCCUGAGCCUAGACUGCCCUUACAGAGGCAUUCCACACACAACUCAUCUGACGUGCCAACCAGCUGGCUGGAGGACACGCCAUGCACACGCGACUCGUGGGACAAGUCCGACAUCGCGACGACGACGACAACGAUUGCGCAGUCUCUCGCGCUAUCGGUGCCAUCACCGAUGACUCACGCCCCGUCGUCCGACAGCUACGCGGCGCAGCCACCUCCUGCAUCUUUCCCAUCGCAGCUGCCGGUGGCCGGGUCGGCAGCUGCCCAGCAGCCACUCACGCUGCAGCAGAAGCUGGGCUUUUCUCCUCCACCGAGCAGUAAUACGGAGCGUGCACACGCGCCAACGCAGGUGCCCUCGUUCUGCGUGGCGAGCCCGGCGAACCACGGCUCGCACGCUCACACGUGUAUGACGACGACGGGCUCGCAGUCAUGCACCGAGCCGACGCCAAUGCUGAUGGAUGCGCAACCUGCAUCAUCACAGGGUCCCCAGGGGCCUGUUGCUAGCUUCUCGGCAGUGCUGCACAAUAGCGGAGGUCAGACCGAAUCCUCAUUCCCCUUCCAGCCGGUGUCAUAGCUGCAACUGGCACCAUUAAUUGACGUAUUCGUACGAGGGGGGUAACCAUGCGCCGUUGGAUAUUGUUACUAGGUUGGUUGAGCAAAACCAAUCUUGUGUGUAUUUACCAUGUGUGCAUGCUUGUAGACUUUGCUGCACUUCGUAACCAAGCAUUGCCUUCUAGAAUGUCUUAUCACAACAAUGAUUUCUUAGAGCUGCCUGUCAAUCAUGACAGGCAGAUAGGUUAAUCGUAUGUUACUCAUUCUACUGUGUUGUUCUUUUUGUUGAAGAUACUACUGCGAAAUGGAUUAAUUUACAUAAAUUUUCCUACACACAGCAUUUGUGGUAAUAUGUGAAUUGAUUCGAGGAUCACCUUUUAGUGGGACAUUUAAUAUAUUAGUGAACGUCUAUGCCCUGUAAAUAUACUAGUGUUUCCCAUCCAAACAUUGCUCUGUGUGAGAAGUAUUGUUUCUCGUGUGCCCAAUCAAAGCUUUUAUUGCAAGCAUUCUCAUGCGUGUGGCUCACACUAUAUAUGCUAUUGUGAAGAAGUUGCGUUGUUACGAAAGCACUUUUAGUAAUGCAAACAAUCUGAGUGCAUCCAGUGUUUCUUUAGCAAAGGUUGGUGGUGUGCAUACUACUGCUGCUCCUGCACUCUCGGUUGUUCCAUAUCACAUCAAAACCUAUCUUUAGGUGUUACCGAUGGGAAUAAUGAGAGUGGCAGUAUAUAUACCUGUGCCACAGUCACUCUCCGGGUGUAGCAACGUUCGCUCUAUUACUUCUAUGUAAUAGCAGAAACCUUGUGAUCGCUGUUGUCCAUUGGCAAAUAUCUCCCAAUUGUGCAUCGAGAUAUUGGCAAUAGUUAACAUUGCUGAUGAGGCCCUAAGUAGUGGAAACCAUUAUUGAUUGCUGCACCCACCUGCAAAUAUUGGGGAAGUGUCGAGGAUGUAUUUAAUCGGGUUUCCUACUGUCCGAAUGAAUAUUAUUGUAGAUUAUUUAUUGUUAUCUAUGCGCAUAAUAAUGCAAUGAUGUGACAACGCAAAUGUCAAUUUCCCUGCUUAUUACCACGUUUGUGUAACUUAUUAUUGUUGCUGUAUAUAUAAUUUGAAGUGUUGGUUUUCUGUAGGGUCAGCAAUUUUAUAUUUUAAUGGGCAGAAGUAUGAUUGCUUCUGGCAAUCAUUGAUGCCUCGGUAACACUAUACUUUGGUACACUAGUAAUUCACUGCACAAUGAUUUCAUCUCUGGGAAGCACUUGUUAACAUCUAAACCUGUUUUGGUCAUUAACAUUUGAAAUAGCUUAUGCAAGAUUGAAGAAUGUUAAGCAGCUUUUGUAUAUAAUAAAUAUGUCAUUACUGGCUUGAUUCGUAAAUAAUAUAAUACAGUGUAUAUAGCAUUGCA